AGCGAUAAUGGCUUUCAGCUGGAGCCUCAUAAUGAUCAAUAUACGUUGAGCAUACGACAUCCGGAUGGCAAAAGUUGGCGCGAAGAGACGGUGCAACUGACUCCAGCAGGUGUGCCGGAAGUUAAAGGCAUAAUCAAUCAGGCUUUUGAUGAUCGAGGCGCCACCUUGUUGGUUACCUACGAGGCGGGGGCUAAUGGAUAUGUGGCCAAGUAUAGAUAUACUAGCAAUAGCCAACCCGAAAGACCGAUAUAUGGAAUACUUUUAAGUUCAACUCUUCUAAAGGUAGCAGCCGGUUGAAA